AUGACAGGGGCCUUCACUCGCCUGGCGACCACAUUGGUCUCGCUGAUUUCAGUUGCGGUCUUGACCACCAUACUGAGGCAACUUCUGCACCGAAACAGUCACAGACCACCAGUGGUCUGGCACUGGCUUCCAUGGCUCGGUAGCACUAUUGACUAUGGCAAAAACCCGUACGGCUUUUUCUUCAAGUGCCGAGAAAAGUAUGGUGACUUUUUCACGUUUGGACUUCUGGGGAUGAAAGUCACGGUUUUCUUGGGAGCUAAGGGCAACAACUUCAUUCUCAAUGGCAAGCUCAAAGACCUCAAUGCCGAGGAAGUUUAUGGUCCCUUAACAGUGCCCGUCUUUGGCCGAGGAGUUGUCUACGACGUAGAUAAUGCUCGCUUCAUGGACCAGAAGCGUCUUCUGAAGGAAGGUUUCACAAGUCGGAAUCUACGAGCGUAUGUGCCGGAGUUUGUCAAAGAGGUCCGACACUUCGUCAAGACCAAUGCCAUAUUCCGCGAGAAGGAAGGCAUCUGUGACAUUUCUUCGGUUUUCUCGGAGAUCUCCCUCUACACUGCUGCUGGUUCCUUGCAAGGCAAAGAAGUCAGAGACUCUUUCGAUUCACAGUUUGCAACAUAUUAUCGGCAUUUGGAUGACGGAUUUGCACCGAUAAACUUCAUGUUUCCAUGGCUGCCAAUCCCAAUCAACCGACGCAGAGAUCAUGCCCAGAAAGUCAUGGCCGGGCUGUACAUGGACAUCAUCAAGAAACGUAGAUUGGAAGGUAACAAGACCGACAGUCAUGACAUGCUAUGGGCGCUGCUGGGCGCUCGCUACAAGGACGGUACCUUGAUUUCGGACGAAGAGAUGGCAAAUCUCAUGAUAGCGUUGUUGAUGGGGGGACAACACAAUACCGCGGCUUCUGGAACCUGGGUCAUGCUGCACCUGGCCCACCGUCCGCAUCUGAUCGAAGAGCUGUACCAGGAGCAACUCAAUGUCAUGGGUGAGGAAGAACUGACCUACGAAGCGUUACAGCAGCUCACGCUUCACAAUAACGUCAUCAAGGAGACACUGCGCCUGCACAGCCCCAUCCACUCGAUCAUGCGAAAGGUAAAGCAGCCGAUGCAGAUUCCCGACACAGACGUGGUCGUUCCAGCGGGCCACAUCCUUCUCGCGGCCCCGGGAGUCCCGUCACGAUGCGACGAAUUCUUCCCCAACGCCAUGGCCUGGGAUCCUCAUCGGUGGGACAAGUCUCUGGAAAUCGACCGACAAGGCGACGAUCAAGACGGUUUGAACGACACCGUCGACUACGGCUACGGCGCCGUCUCGUCCAAAGCUGCACAUAGCCCUUACCUUCCUUUCGGAGCCGGGCGACAUCGUUGCGUAGGCGAAACCUUUGCGUACGCUCAAUUAGGAGCCAUCCUAGUGACGCUGGUGCAAUUGUUGCAAUGGGAACAAGUUGAUCCCAAAGCGCCCGUCCCAGCGACCGAUUACUCCUCCAUGUUUUCACGACCCGUGCAUCCGGCCACGAUUCGUUGGAGACACCGUCAAUAG